GACCACUCGCCACCAAAUCUAUAAAAAUGGCCGUCCGGAACCCGUCUCCGCCAUCUCUACCAUGUCCCGCCUCUUCUUUCUCCUCCUUCUCGUCCUCUCUGCCGCCGCCCACGGCGGCCACGACGACUCCGAUGUGGACGCCGAGGCCGGCAAGCCCAAUCUCCGGGAGGGGUCCUUGAUAUUGGUGAAGAUAUGGUGUUUGAUAAUCGUGUUCGCCGGCACGUUCGCCGGCGGCGUGUCACCCUAUUUCAUGAAAUGGAACGAGGGUUUUUUGGUUCUGGGCACGCAGUUUGCCGGCGGCGUGUUUCUGGGCACGGCUCUCAUGCAUUUUCUCAGCGAUUCGAAUGCGACUUUUGGGGACUUGACGAGCAAAGAAUACCCGUUCGCGUUCAUGCUGGCUAGCGCUGGGUAUUUGCUCACUAUGUUGGCUGAUUGCUUGAUUUCUUAUGUUUACGGGAAGCAGGGAAAUGGGUCCAACAAUGGAGACGUCGAGCUUCAAGGUCAUGGCAAUGGCAGGUCUUCACAGUCUGAAAAUCAGGUCCACAAUAGCGCAGACAAUCACUUAGCCAAAACCCCGCUUACAGCCGCCAGAUCGGUUGGCGAUACCGUCUUGCUAAUAGCUGCCCUGUGCUUCCACUCGGUCUUCGAGGGCAUCGCAAUUGGGGUUGCAGAAACAAAGGCCGAUGCUUGGAAGGCUCUAUGGACAGUCUGCCUGCACAAGAUAUUUGCAGCCAUUGCAAUGGGAAUAGCCCUGCUCAGGAUAAUCCCGGACCGCCCCCUGGUGUCGUGUGUGGCCUACGCCUUCGCGUUCGCGAUCUCAAGCCCUAUCGGCGUGGCCAUUGGGAUCAUCAUAGACGCCACGACGGAGGGCGCCGUGGCCGACUGGAUUUAUGCCAUUUCGAUGGGCAUUGCUUGUGGUGUCUUCGUGUAUGUGGCCAUUAAUCAUCUGUUGUCCAAAGGGUACUCUCCACAAAAGCCAGUGCUAGUUGACACUGCCCGUUACAGGUUCUUGGCAGCCCUUUUGGGCGUUGGGGUGAUUGCAGUUGUGAUGAUUUGGGACACUUGAGACUUCUUGUCAAGUUUGGCUUCAAUGUAUGUGCUUAGUGGUAACACAAUAUAGAAGAAAUUUCAAAGGAUUUUUGUGUGAAUUUGGUAGAUCUUUUAAACCUGGGCAUUGAAUGAUCAAUUACAUGGGUUCUUUUGUUCUA